UGGUAGAUAUUUGUUCAAAGCGAAGAGUGCAUUAUCAGAUCCAGCUGCAUGUCCACAAGUCUCCUCAUUCUUUCCAACCCAAGUUCAAGCUGGUACACUUCCCUACUAGUCUAGAACUAGCCUAAACCCGACAGCGGACAUUGGAACGCAUCAGUCCUUCAACAAAAUGGAGACACCGGCAUCCGCUACACGCCACACUCCAGGGAACCAUGAGGAAUUUAUGAAGCUCGCAAUCGAGGAGGCACGCAGAUCCCGUCCGGACCCAGGAAAGUUCUGCGUGGGUGCGGUGCUCGUCAAUGAGGACACGGGCGACGUGCUGUCACGGGGCUACUACCUCGAAUAUCCAGAAGAUUACAAUGGCAGUAAUGGUAGCGUUCACGCGGAGCGUGUCUGCCUCAUCAAGGCCGCCGAGCUGUACGGCGUGUCUGAGACUGAGCUUGGUGCAGCCCUGCCCCCUAACUGCGCCAUAUAUACAACCAUGGAGCCGUGCAAUGCGCGUCCGAGUAUGGAUAAGCCGUGCGUCGAGCGGUUGCUGGAGGUGAAGCAGGCGGUGAGGACCGUGUACGUAGGCAUCCGCAUGCCGGGCACAUCUACUGACGCGGAAGAGCCUGGAAGGCGGAAGCUGGAGGAGUCAGGGGGUAUCAGGGUUUUGUAUCCCCUCCCCGAGUGGGAAACUGAGCUUAUAAAGGUCGCCAAGGGCGAAGAGUGAAGACGGCAAAGCAAAUGCUUGGUCAUCCUCGUACACAGCAAUUCGUUGUACAGAUUUAUGGGUUUCGCAGAGGCUGGAUCGUUGGCGCAUUAUUUUAUUAGUUACAAAUGAUUUUAUGCUCUCGUAAGUACCACACGGCGCCAUUUUGACAACAUGACGUGGUCAUGGAGGCUAAGAGGCGGGGGUAUAUUUAGUUUGACACAGACUGCAGCUUGCCCAACUCGGACUCAAAAAGACAACGCUUUGGUGACCACAAUACCAGAGAUAAACAUCGAAGCGACCGUUAUUAUGCUCGACACCGACAUGAGAGACAUGCCGCUGAUACCAUGGCCCGCCGUGCAGCCGCCCGCGACCCUGGACCCGAUGGCCAUGGCGAAGCCGCCCAGCGCGGCCCUGGUGGCCGACACAUCGCUGAAUCC